CAGAACAGUCUAGUCCUGAAUCUAACCAUGUCUGGUUAGUGCAAUCGGGCUUAUCGCGAUUCAUAUGAAGCAUCUGCGGGUUCAACUUUCGUGUUCCUCAUUCUCGCCCGCACUCUGGCGUAAUGCUGAUAUGAUCUCUAGCUCUUACCCCUCACCUUCCAUCUCGGAAAGAGUAGUCUGCCAAUGGAUAUCGCUUUUCCACGACACGGCGUCUCGCUCGCCUCUACCUCGGAGUGUCACUCGUGGGGAUGGCGGGAUGCGGCAUGGUCCAGAGCUGUGGUGACGUCGUGCAAAACUCUCCCAACAACGAGUGACCCGGAGGUAUAAUAAGGAGGCGGAAGAUCCGAGAACCAGACGUCAGACUUUGCAUCUUCAUCUCCCCAUCGCCUUCUUCCCAAAGCUACAAUUAAUUAUACCAGCUCUGUUCACCGUCAUGACUACCACCGGAGUCCCCUUCGACUUUAUCAUCGUCGGGGGAGGCACGGCGGGUAACACCGUCGCUGGCCGCCUCGCCGAGAACCCCAAUGUCACCAUUCUCAUCGUCGAGGCAGGUGUUGGCAACUCGCAUGAGAUCGACGAGAUCACCACCCCUUCGCUGGCCAUGGAGCUCCGGGGCAGCCAGUACGACUGGGCCUACAAGACCACCAUGGUCAAGCGUGACGACUAUGAGCGCAUUGAGAAGCCCAACACCCGCGGCAAGGCCCUCGGCGGGAGCUCCUCCCUCAAUUACUUCACCUGGGUUCCCGGUUGCAAGCCCACUUUUGAUCGAUGGGCCGAGUACGGGGGCAAAGAUUGGACCUGGGAUCCCCUCGUUCCGUACCUCCGCAAGAGCGCUACCUACCACGACGACCCCAAGCUCUACUUGCCAGAGCUUAAGAAGCUCGGUGCCGGUGGUCCCAUCCCCAUUUCCCAUGCCGAGCUCCUGGACGAGAUGGACCCCUUCCGCAAUGCCCUCACCAAGGCCUGGAAAUCCCGGGGCGAGCCCAUUUCCGAGAACAUCUACGACGGCGAGAUGAUUGGCCUCACCCACUGCAUCGACACCAUCCACAAGGGCGUACGCUCCGGCAGCUACCUGUUUGUGAAGGACAAACCCAACAUUUCUAUCCUGCCCCAAGUCCACUCCAAGCGUCUGAUCAUUAAUGACGCCGACCGUACAUGCAAGGGCGUCACAGUCAUCGACCCCUCCGGCAACGAGCUCAGCUUCUACGCCAACCGCGAAGUCAUCCUCUCCCAGGGCGUCUUCGAGAGCCCCAAGCUGCUGAUGCUCAGCGGUAUCGGACCCGCCCGCGAGCUGGCCAAGCAUGGCAUCAACACCAUCGUCGACUCCCCCCACGUCGGCCAGAACCUGCUCGACCACCCCGGCGUCCCCUUCGUCCUGCGCGUCAAGGACGGCUACGGCAUGGACGACGUCCUCCUGCGCAAGGGUCCCAAGAAUUCUGCCGCCAUCACCGAGUACGGCAAGAAACACUCAGGGCCCUUCGCGUCGGGCCUCCUGGAGAUGGUGGGCUUCCCACGAAUCGACAAGUACCUGGAGAAGGACCCGGCCUACCGCAAGGCCAAGGCCGCCAACGGCGGGCUCGACCCCUUCUCGCCCGAGGGCCAGCCACACUUCGAGCUCGACUUUGUCGGCAUGUUCGGCAGUGCGUUCCAGUGGCACUACCCGACCCCCAAGGUGGGCGACCACACCUGCGUGGUCGUCGACCUGGUCCGCCCCGUCUCCGAUCCCGGCGAGGUGACGCUCCAAAGCGCCGACCCGCUCGUGCAGCCAAACAUCAACCUCAACUUCUUCUCCAACGACCUCGACAUCAUCGCCAUGCGCGAGGGCAUCCGUUUCAGCUACGACGUCCUCACCAAGGGUGACGGCUUCAAGGAUAUCGUCCUCGGCGAGUAUCCCUGGGAUAUGCCCCUGGACUCGGACGAUCUGAUGAAGCGCGCCGUCCUGGACCGCUGCCAGACGGCCUUCCACCCCUGCGGCACCGCCCGCCUGUCCAAGGACAUUGGCCAGGGCGUCGUCAGCCCCGAACUCAAGGUCCAUGGUAUCAAGAAAUUGCGCGUCAUCGAUGCCUCCAUCAUCCCCGUCAUCCCAGACUGCCGCAUCCAGAACUCGGUCUACAUGAUUGGCGAGAAGGGCGCCGACUUGAUCAAGGCUGAUCACAAAGAUCUCUACAAGUAAAUUCUUGGUGAGAUUCGGCUCAUCUCAUCCUGGGAUUGAUCACUUGAUGAGGAGGAUACACAGGAGGUGAUUGAGUCUAGUCUUUUCUGUCCCUACCUAUGGCUUGGUAUACGUCAAGUUCAAGUUUUUCGUAACUAUCUAAGAAAAAAUAUGAACACUUUACUUAUUCUUGGUGAUUUGUGAGCAUCAACGGCGAGUGUGUAUUACUGGUGUCC